UUACUUUAUUUUAUUUUAUUUUUUUAGAAGAAGAAAAGAAAAUGUUGCAGAGCGCAUGGCGUCUGCCGUGUGUGCGUGUCAGCGAUGAGUUUGGGUGAUGCUGAAGCGGUGACCUCUGCUGUUGUUAACGGCGGCUGCGGUCGACAGGAUGCGAUAACUUUGCGCUUGGAUAUUUCCCCGAAUUCUUCGCUCGGGAGUUUCUGCUUUGAAAACUGAUGGUUGAUAAGAUUGUGACGGGAGGAUAAACGCGGCGAUCCGCUCGGAGCGCACAUAGUUUGAACGGACGGUGACAAAUGGAGGCCUUCAAUCAUAAGCUGAACACUGUCUUUGAAUCAUGGAUGGGUCCCAGAGACGAGCGGGUGCGCGGAUGGCUGCUGCUCGACAACUACCCUCCGACCUUUGCACUCACAGUCAUGUACCUUCUGAUCGUGUGGAUGGGGCCCAAGUACAUGAAAAACAGGCAGCCAUACUCCUGCAGAGGCAUCCUGGUGCUCUACAAUCUGGGCCUCACGCUCUUGUCCUUCUACAUGGUCUAUGAGCUUGUUACUGCUGUGUGGCAUGGUGGCUACAACUUCUAUUGCCAGAACACUCACAGCGCGGAGGAAGUGGAUAAAAAGGUCAUGAAAGUCCUGUGGUGGUACUACUUCUCCAAGCUCAUCGAGUUCAUGGACACCUUCUUCUUCAUCCUGCGAAAGAAUAAUCACCAGAUCACGUUUCUUCACAUCUACCACCACGCUAGCAUGCUGAACAUCUGGUGGUUCGUCAUGAACUGGAUACCCUGUGGCCACUCGUACUUCGGUGCCUCCCUAAACAGCUUUGUCCACGUCGUGAUGUAUUCUUACUACGGCCUCUCAGCCAUUCCAGCCAUUCGACCGUAUCUAUGGUGGAAGAAGUACAUCACACAGUUGCAGCUGAUCCAGUUCUUUUUAACCAUGUCCCAGACCAUGUUUGCAGUCAUAUGGCCGUGUGGCUUCCCAUACGGAUGGCUGUACUUCCAAAUAAGUUACAUGUUCACACUCAUCAUCCUUUUCUCAAACUUCUACUUUCAGACGUACAAAAAGCGCUGUGGUUCUUCGAAGAAGGAGCACCAGAACGGCUCCUCCCUAGCAACAAAUGGACACGCGAAUGGGACGCCAUCCAUGGAGCACAAGAAGCUGAGGGUGGAUUGACAUUUGAGAAACCUAAUUCUCAAUGUAGCGUGUUAGCUAAUGCUGCUAGGAGGUAUAUUUAUCUUCUUAUCUACAGUAGACUAGCACUUGCGUCUUUUGAAAUAAGCCAUAGCUAUAUACAUCCAGAGACUUUCCAUGUUUUUGCACACGAUUCUAGUCAUGGUACUGAAUUAUUGUAUAAUUGAAGAAGUAAAGUAUUGUAGUACGGUCCACUGUACAACAUUGCCUUUCCCACCCUCUCGAGAUAACUGACUCCGAAGACGUAAUCUCUUUCUUGCUUACCAGCGAGCAAAAAUCACUCAUCAGGUCAUGCUUUACACUCAGAAGGUCCAAAGAUGAAAGCUCCAAUGGGUGAUCUGGCAGCAGGAGGCUUUAUUACACUUAAUAAGGUUAGCCUAAAGGACAGUUAAAGAACCUUAAUGUGUAACUACAGAAAGCAUCCUGUGUCUUGCUUUAUCACACGCCUGUCUGCCUGUGCGGUUGCAUAAUCAAAAUUUUGCUCUCUGCAAUGCUUUUCUAUUGACUGGUUAUAGCAGAAAUAGCCUUUUGCUGACAUAUUUGAGCAGGUUCUCCAGUCUGGAAUAUUUAGCCAUUUAACCAAAGCCAAACCAAAGCAUAGUGUAUUGCAUUUCCUAGGAUUUAUAUUUAAAGCAGUUUAGGAUGCAGCGUGAAAGGACUGCUGCUGUCUUUUAGUCAGCACAAUGAAAAACUCAACGCUCCUCAACAGCAAUGUUACAAAAUUCUGUUUCUCCUUUCACACUGUGUUAAAUCUCUAGCAUUUAAGACCUUAAAUGUAUUUAAGUUAAUGUGAUGCUGUUAAGUCAGACAUGCAGCUGCUUAUUGGUAACUAUUUAAAUUUAUCAGUGAGUAUAAUUAUAGUGUAUAAAUAUUCAAAUACAUUAUAUUCAGACACACUUUACUAUAUAGUUUAUAAAGAAAGCUUACUAUUGACAAGGCAAUUGAAAAGGCAGUAUCAUUCACUGAGGUCCACUGAGUAGAUGCUCUGAAACUUGUCAUAUGAUCCUCUUCAACUUAAGGUUUGCAUCAUUAGACGUCUUUAAUGGAAGCAUCUCGGUUUCUAUGACAACAGGGUAAACCUCAUCGCUGAGGAGGAUCAUGAGAAGCAAUCAAAAGCUUAAGCUAGUUGCUUUGCUUCAUGUUUGGCAUACAUACUGCUGAGAUUUUGCUUUUCAAAAAUUGGAAUCUUUCGAUUUUAUUUUAUUUGUUUUACUGACGGGAUGACUUGGCAGUGAUUUGAUUUAUUUAUUUCCUCUGUGUAACGUUAUUUUCGUUUUACUUAAACCACCCUGUGAAUCGGCUACAGCAUCACCUGUGGAGCUCCACUCCUCUACAAUACUGUUUCAGUUUAAUGAGGCAUGUUGCUCAAACGCAGCAUCAGAUUUUAUUGUGAAAAUCUGAGCAACACAUGUAACGCAGUCAUUUUUGUGCGCUAAACAUUUGGUUCAAAAUUAAGCAUUUAACACGCACGAACCACAUUUGCUUUGCCAGCGAAAUAGUAGCUAAUAGUGCUAAAGGUAACUAGUUUACAUGUUUAAGAGCAGGAUUCAUAUAAAAAUAUCCUACUGAUAAGGGCCAAGGAAACAUACAGGUAUGUAGGGAGUUAUACAUUUUUCUAAACUGUUGAAAUGAAUAGAUAUAUUUUCUGAAAUCUGAGGUAAAUCUGGGUUAACAUGCAGUAACUCGUGCUUUACUCAUUGUAACUCAUUAAAAACAAAUGGGUUGAACUUUAAUUAGUUUUCCUCCUUUCGAAGAAAAAACUGGAUGCACAGAGAUGAGUCUAUUUUGAAUUCUAUCAAUUUUCUAUGUAUUGGCUUAUGAAAAUGUUUAUUAACCGAGCAAGCUGUGGUCUUUGUAGUCUGAUUUUGUGUAAACUGCUAACAUGGUGAAUAUGGUGACAAUGCUGAUAUGCUGAGCAACGUAAUAGCAAGUACACUAAGUAUCGCUGAAGAGUAACUGUGGGAAAACUGUGUGAAAUGAACUGUGUAUUAAAUAGUUCACUGGUAUGGAAGGAAAUUUUUCACGUUGAUCAACAGCACAGGUCUCUACAUACAUGGUAGCAUCAUAAUAGAGAUGGUUUGCUUAGCUUAGCAUAAAGAGAGGUAAGAAAAAGGCAUAAUCUCUACCCUGGCUCUUUCCAAAUAGUUAAUAAAUCCACCUAGCAGAGCUUCUACAGGUAACAACGCCUUGUGGCCUCCUGAACAUCAGCAUAUUAGCUUUGUCAUUGUGAGCAAACUGGACAAGUCAAAAUGUAAUAGUAACUAUGCUAAGAUGUUGAACAGUAAGAACACACCCAUGAAUAAACUGUAGAGGACUUAAAGAAUGUUUAUUAUUAAGACAACUAAGAAUAAAAUGAUCUAUUAAUGAACUAA